AUGGCUCCUAUCAAGUCCUUCGAAAUGGUUACCACAAACCUCAAGCGUACAAAAGCCGAACUCAGAGAUGUCAACAGCGGCACAUCAGCUUACGAAGUCGACCUCUCCUUCACAACUACAGACAUGCGCUCUGCAAAACCCGGUCGUCAUGGCAUAGUUCUCCAAACUCCUUCUUCAUCAACCAACAGCAACCAGCAGGUCCUGGGCACCUGCGACUUCUCCUUUAGCUCCACGACCACGCCCAUCCAUCUCGGUUUCGGCGACCCUGUGUCUUCUCCAGAAAGCGUCACCUGGGAAGACAUGCACAUCCGCGAAAUAGUCAAACAAUCAGGAUUCGAACUCAGCAUCGAUCUCGGUGGUGACAUCGGACGUAAGGUUUUCCAAUGGAAGCGCACGGCUGAAGUCGAAAGUAAAUCGGCAUUGAGCCAGAAGAUGGAUUGGCUGCAUUUGAAGAUGGUCGAGGUGGAGAGUGGUGCAGUAGUUGCGAGGUUUGUACACAACUUUAUGUUUGGAAGCAAGAGGGGCACUUUUGAGUUUGAGCAGUUCGAGGGCGGUGGUGACUGGGACAGAGUUGCUGUCUUGAGUGGUUUGGCAGUGCUGGAGUAUAUGAGGAAGAGCCAGGGGUGGUCGUGGUGA